AUGCUUCGUCUAGUCGUGUGGUGUCUCGUGCUGGGCGUCGGCCUGGCCAAGCCGCCGCCGCCCUCGGGCAGCGCCGGCUCGGAGCCGCGACCGCCGCCCCAGUCCCGGGAGUCGUCCGUGCCCCCUCCGCAGCCGCGCCAAGCGCAGCCGCUGCCGCCGCCUGACUCCGAGGACAGAGCUGUGUUCUCGCUCGAGCCGGGCGAAUACUACUUUACCUCGCCCCGCUUUCCCAGGUCGUACCCCAACAACGUGUUUCAACGCUACCAGCUGAGAGGUCAGCAGGGCCAGGUGAUCGACGUCGGCUGCAGCGCCUUCAAUCUGGAAUAUCACUCGUCUUGUGCUUACGAUUUCUUGUCAUUCGACGGAGACAGGUACUGUGGAAACCUCGGCAGCAUCGCCACCAAGAGCAGCACUGACUUCAACAUAGUUUUCAAAUCAGAUUACAGCGUAAGGAGGACAGGGUUCCGCUGUGAUAUUACUGUCCCAAACAGCAGUGGAGGCACCACGGCUGCGACAACGGCUGCCACCACGCAGGCGCCAUCCGGAGACCAGUGUUGCGGCGUCCCCAACAGAGCGUCGCGCAUCGUCGGCGGCGUCCAGACCGAGGUCAACGAGUACCCCUGGCAGGCGGGUCUGGUGAGCCCCGGCGGCACCCGAACCUACUGCGGCGGCACCGUCAUCAACAACCGGUACGUGCUGACGGCAGCUCACUGCACUUCAGGUGACUCUGCGUCCCAGGUCCAGGUGCUGCUCCGGGAGCACAGGAUCGGCGCCUCGGACGGAGAGCUUCGCUUCAGCGUCUCACGGAUUAUUCAACACCCAAACUACAGAUCACCGUCCCGCUCUGGCUAUGACUUCUCCCUGCUAAGGCUGACCCAGACUAUCAACUUUGCAUCUCUGAACAACAGGGUGGCGCCGGCGUGCCUGCCUUCCAGCGGAGCCUUUGUCAACGUGGACGCCGUCGUCAGCGGCUGGGGCACGACCUCCUCGGGCGGCUCGCAGGCCACGGCCCUGCGUGAGGUCACCGUGCGCACGCAGUCCAACAAUCAGUGCAGACAGGCGUACAGCACGAUCAACGACAGCAUGCUGUGCGCCGGCGUCAGCGGCGGCGGCAAGGAUUCUUGCCAGGGCGACAGCGGCGGCCCGCUGGUCACGCCGGUCGGAGGUCGCUACAACCUGAUCGGGGUGGUCUCCUGGGGUAGAGGCUGCGCCCUUGCCAACUACCCGGGUGUCUACGCCAGGGUGACUUCCGUCACCAGCUGGAUCCAGCAGAACACUGCUGAUGCCUCUCUCUGUUAGGUGCUGUCCUGACGUCUCACCGUAAUACGGGAAACGACCAGACUCACUUUGGAGUGUGAUGCUCUAUGGUCUGGUGUGGAAAGGCGCGUGGCUGCUGUGAAACAAAAUUGAGCCGUUGUAGCUGUGCAUGCACCAGGUGACAGAGGAACCAGACAUGCACAAACCCAAGUCCCAAGUAUGGCGUCGUGGCAUGCAACAAUCGUUUCGAUACAUAAUGUCUGGCUUUAUGUUUUCUCCGCUUUUGCUGUGCGAAAGCAUCCUAUUCGUAUAGUUGGCUUGUUUUGCGGUUUCGGUGAAAAUACAAGCAUUUCAAAACUUCCA